AAAAGAAAAACAGAAUCCGAGCAAGACGAUAACAAGACAGGAGAAGAACGGGACGAGGGAGGCAGCGUCGAGAGCUCAUCGUAUCGGCUGCCGGCGCUAGAGAGGAUCGUGUCCCUGCAGCGCGGCCGAGGCCGGGAGGGACGUCGCCGGAAAAUGCGAGCCGGGAAUGAAUCGAUUGCUCCAGUGAAUAAACGAAAAGGCUCGACCUAUCAACAAGAGGAAGAUGGUGAUUCCCAAGCUGUCCCCGAACUUCCAGAGGACAUCUUGUGCCACAUACAUUCCCUUAUGCCACUACGUGAUGCUGCUCGUUCUGCUUGCCUGUCUCGUGCCUUUCUGCAUUCCUGGAGAUGUCGUCCCAACCUUACCUUGAAUAGCGAUACACUUUGCUCAAAAGCACAUGUACAUAAAGAGGAUUUCAGCAACAUAAUUGACAGCAUUAUGAGAAACCACUCAGGCAUCCGUGUGAAGAUAUUGAAGCUUCAAUUGUUUACUAUCGCCUGUCACAAUCUUGACAGCUGGCUUCAGGUUGGUGUUACACCAGGGAUUGAAGAACUCACUGUUGUGGCAAGUAUAUUCAAUAUGAACUACAAUUUCCCGUGCUCACUCUUAUCCAAUGGGAGUGGAAACUCAAUACGGUCUCUUCAUUUUGGUCGUUGUGCCUUCCAUCCCACAGCUGAACUUUGCCCCUUGAGAAGCCUAACAAGUCUGAAUCUGUAUUUUGUGCAUAUUACGGGAGAUGAGUUAGAGUGCCUUCUUUCCAACUCUCUUGUUUUGGAGCGGUUGGUCCUCAGUCAUUGCAAUGAACUAAUUUGCCUGAAAAUACCUUGCAUGCUGCAGUGGUUCAGCUACCUGAGUGCUAUUACCUGCUCCAGGCUGCAAGUGAUAGAUAACCAAGCUCCAAACCUCUCCAGCUUAUACUUAAGCGGAAAUGUAAUUGGAGAAACAUCGCAAAUGAAGAACCUAACCAUGAACUGUUCAAAGGGAGUCUGUUAUGCUCGUGCCAACCUGCCAUCCAUUAUGCCCAAUCUUGAGACUCUUUACAUACGAUCGGGUGGUGAGGUGGUCGAUACACCGAUGCUGCCUACCAAAUUCCUCUACCUCAAGCACCUAACCAUUUGCUUGAGAUAUGGAACUCCCCCACCCUUUGACUAUUUUUCUCUUGUUUCCUUCCUUGAUGCGUCUCCGUCGUUGGAGACAUUGAUCUUACAUGUAGGUCAAGGACCUAUGGAGCAUCUUCAUGAUUCGGUUCUUGGACAUUCCUCACCUCUGAGGCAGCUGGCAGAACCCCACUCCUGCUCCCUCAAGAAUGUGAAGAUCACAAGGUUCAGCUCUGCAAAGAGCCUAGUUGAACUAACAUGUCAUAUCCUCAAGAACGCAGUGCCACUCGAGUGUCUUACAUUGGACACCAUUUAUGGUUUUAGGUGUUCCGACAAAUAUUAUGGCAGGUGCCAAUUCAGGGACAAGAGUGUUCUGAGGGAAGCCCCUAGAGCGCUUGAGGCUAUCAAAACCCACAUCGAGGAUAAAGUUCCCGCUAGAGUUAAGUUGACCGUCAAGGAGCCUUGCAGCCGAUGCCAUGCUGUUCCUGUUGGAGGAUGGUAGGCAGGUGUCAUAAUAAGCUUUAAUCACAUAAUCUGUAAUCAUUUUGACUUGAAAUUAGAUGAACCAUGACCUGUCAGACGUGGGCAGCAUUAUGCUUUGCAUAUGCAGGAUUCAGGCUGGUAAUGUCAGUGCUUGGAUCAGCCAAAGAAGCAACUGCGGGUUCAAUCCAGCUAAAAUGAUCAUAGGAGAUGUGUGUGGCGUUGAUUUUGAAUACAGCUGCUGUGUACAAUAACCUUGAUCUUGCUGUCGAAUAAGCUGAUGGUUGCUUUUGUUUUUCCCCGUCUGGAAUUGAAUAAAGUUCCCAUUUUUUCAA